AUGCAUGUAUGUCCUGUCUGUGACGAGGGCAUCGACGCAAGCGAUAUCGCGUUUGAAGCCCACGUCAACUCCCACUUCCAAGGUGGCGACAAUCCAGAGGCGGACGACGGGUCGGACGACCAGGACGUCCAGUACCUGGGCGAGACUGGCGCGGACGACGGUGCCGUCCUCUGUUUCGUCUGCGGUGCUGAUUUAACCGGCCUCAGCGAAAUCCAACAGAACGCGCAUGCCUCGGCUUGUUUGGAUCGUCAGGAGGAUAGCGACCACUUUGAAUCCCAAUUCUUCUAUGGCUCGGAUGACGAUCGGAAGCAACAGAACGGUCGCAAAGCCAGGACCGUCGACCCAGGUCUCUGGGAUGGCAAUUCCUGGUCUGGGAAGGGCAAGAAGCACGAUGCUAGAGUCAAGGGUGACAAGUGGUGGGAUCCUGUACGUGGCGGCCUUGCAGACGAUGUCCUGCCACCGAACUUUUCCCCAGGUGUCAUGCCUGUUCUGAAGAAGCUCCUGCUGCACUCCGUGAAGCGCAGGGAGACAAGUCGGGCUGUCCUCACCCGCCACGCCGUGCACAUCAAGGGCGUGUUUGGCUUCGAUGGUUCUUGGGGAUGCGGAUAUCGCAACGCUGAGAUGACAAUCGCCUCGCUCCUCAUGCUCCCCAACUCGCCUUACACCUCUCUGUUCUCGGGGGAUGGCGAACCCGGAAUCCGUGCUAUUCAGGAGUGGAUUAACGAGGCCUGGCGCGAGCGCUACGACCUGCCUGGCCGCGCGCAGUUCAAGGGGGAGAUCAUGGGAACGUCCAAGUGGAUUGGGCCGUCGGACCUCUAUGCCAUGUUCUCUUACCUGGGUGUUCCAUGUACAAUCUACGAUUUCCCCAAGCCUAGCGACCGGCCCAUUCCUACUAAGGCCAACCCUGAACCCUCCUACGCACUCCUUUUGCGCUGGGUGCAGCAAUAUUUUGAGGCCGACGACUCCGAUCUUGACGAGGAUGGUGAUGCCAACUCUGACGAUCUGUUGCGGCCCACAUCCCCAGUUCGAAUCUCAGAUCGUCUCCCCUUGAUGCUGCAGCACAAUGGCCACUCGCGCACAAUCGUGGGGUAUGAGGUUGACCUCCGGGGACAGGUCAAGCUCCUGUUGCUGGAUCCGGGCAAGACCAUUUCGAAGGACGUGCGUGACGAAGGGCUCCAGCACCUGCGUCGUGAGCGUGCCAAGGUGCCGUCUCCCCAGGACGACUCUGACACUCCUGCGGCCCAAGGAUCGAAGAACAAGAUACGCGAGGGCGCCGAGGCUGCGUUGCCAACUUCAGGCGACGAAGUGGGCCCGGGUGGUUGGGUUAAGCGCAAGAUAAGCAAGCCCAAGCCUGGCAAUGCACUGAGCACGUCGUUAUCGGUGUUCCGCAUGAAGCCCCAACGGGAGCAGAAGGAAUUCCAGGUUCUGGCAUUCCCUGGCACCGCAAUGCUCCCGCCGGAGGAGCGCGCAGGCCGCCGCAAGGUCACAAGUGUCCGGAUCACGCAAUGA